AUGGCACAAAAGCCCGAGGAACAGUUGAAAGAGUUCGGAUCGAAGCUUGACCCACCUCCUACGUCUAAGGAUUCAUUGCUCAAACUCUUUAAGGAAGCUGCUGUUUGUCUUUCUGAGUUGGAGCAGUCUCCACCAGCAGCAGUGCUGAAAUCCAUUCAGCCUUUUCUUGAUGCAAUUAUUAAACCUGAAAUUCUCAAGCAUCAAGACAAGGAUGUCAAGCUUCUAGUUGCAAGUUGCCUUUCUGAGAUAACUCGUAUCACAGCACCUGAAGCGCCUUACGCUGAUAAUAUUAUGAAGGAUAUUUUUCAACUGAUUGUGGGCGCUUUUUCUGGGUUGAAUGAUGUCGGUGGACCAUCAUUUGGAAGGAGGGUUGUCAUUUUAGAAACGGUUGCAAAGUACAGGUCAUGUGUAGUGAUGUUGGAUCUUGAAUGCGAUGAUCUAGUGAAAGAAGUGUUUACCACAUUUCUUGAUGUUGUUAGAGAUGACCAUCCGGAGGUUGUUUUCUCAUCAAUGCAAAAUAUAAUGAUUGUUCUCUUAGAAGAGAGUGAAGAUGUGCAGGAGCAUCUCUUACUAAUUUUACUCUCUAAAUUGGGCAGAAAUAGAAGUGAUGUUAGCGAUGCUGCCAGAAGACUUGCUAUGAAAGUCAUAGAGCAGUGUGUGCCAAAAGUUGAAUCUGACAUAAAGCAGUUCCUUAUCUCUUUAAUGUCUGGAGAUAGCCGAUUUUCCAGCAGUCAAAUUGACUACCAUGAGGUUAUCUAUGAUUUGUACCGCUGUGCUCCUCAGGCCCUAACCGGAGUUGCACCAUAUCUCACUGGAGAACUUUUGGCUGAUAAAUUGGAAACUCGUUUGAAAGUGGUUGGAUUGGUUGGGGACUUGUUUUCCUUGCCUGGACGUGUCAUCUCUGAAGAGUUCAGUUCAAUCUUUUUGGAGUUUCUGAAAAGGCUGACUGAUAGAGUCGUUGAAGUUAGGAUGGUCAUCKUUGACCAUAUUAAGAACUGUUUGCUCUCAGAUCCUUCGAGACCCGAGGCUUCUCAAAUCAUAUCUGCUCUCUGUGACCGGCUCUUGGAUUAUGAUGAGAAUAUUCGCAAACAAGUUGUUGCUGUUAUCUGUGAUGUGGCUGUGAGUGCACUGACGUCAAUUCCAAUUGACACUAUAAAGUUAGUUGCUGAACGACUUCGAGACAAAGCUAUACUUGUAAAAACAUACACAAUGGAAAGGUUGGCUGAAUUGUUCCGGGUGUAUUGCUUACGGUGUGCCGAAGGGAAGGUAGGCACUGGCGACUUUGAUUGGAUUCCUGGAAAAGUUUUGAGAUGUCUUUAUGACAAAGAUUUCAGAUUAGAUACAAUUGAAGAUAUCCUAUGCAGUUCAUUGUUUCCAAGUAAUAUCUCUGUAAGAGAUAAAGUUAAGCAUUGGAUAGAAAUCUUUUCCCGGUUUGACAAAGUGGAGAUGAAAGCUUUUGAGAAAGUACUGGAGCAAAGACAAAGGAUACAACAAGAAAUGCAAAGAUACUUGUCAUUCAAGCAGGCGCAACAGAAUGCUGAUAAUCCUGAGAUGCAGAAAAAGAUUCUAUUUGGAUUCAGAGUUAUGUCACGUGCAUUUUCUGAUCCCCCAAAAACUGAGCAGAACUUCUUGACUCUUGAUCAACUGAAAGAUGCUAAUAUCUGGAAGAUUUUGACUAAUCUGCUCGAUCCCAACACUAGCAUAAUGCAAGCGUCCAAGAUUCGGGAUGAUAUGCUUAAAAUACUUUCUGAGAAGCAUUGUCUCUAUGAAUUUCUCGGCACCCUCUCCAUAAAGUGUUCUUAUCUGCUAUUCAGCAAGGAAUAUGUGAAAGAGAUAUUAGCGGAAGUCUCUGAUAGAAAGUCGUCAAAAAAUAUUUUGGGCAUUCAAUCCUGCAUGGACUUCUUAGGGCUUCUCGCAUGUUUCUGUCCAUCACUGUUUGACGGGGCUGAAGAAGAACUGAUAGGUUUCCUUAAAGAUGAUGAUGAAAUGAUAAAGGAAGGUACUCUAAAAAUUCUGGCAAAGGCAGGUGGUACUAUUCGGGAGAAUCUCAUUGUUUUAUCAAGUUCGGUGGACCUGUUACUAGAGAAGAUCUGUGUAGAAGGUAACCGCAAGCAGGCUAAGUAUGCUGUGCAUGCACUAGCAUCAAUAACAAAGGAUGACGGCCUAAAGUCACUUUCUGUUCUUUACAAGGGACUCGUGGAUAUGCUGGAGGACAAGAGACAUCAGCCAGCGGUUCUUCAGUGUCUUGGAUGCAUAGCGCAGAUUGCGAUGCCAGUCUUUGAGACUAGAGAAACCGAAGUAGUUGAGUUUAUUAAAAGCAAAAUCCUCAAACGCGAAAGUGAAGCUAUAGAUGACAAAAAAUUAUCCUGGGAUGACAAAAGUGAAAUUUGUCAACUGAAGAUAUAUGGGAUCAAGACGUUGGUUAAGAGCUAUUUGCCUUUCAAGGAUGCUCAUCUUCGUACGGGUGUUGAUGACCUUCUUGGAUUACUAAAAAACAUUCUUUCUUUUGGGGAAGUAUCUGAAGAUCUAAAAUCAAGUUCUGUUGACAAGGCCCAUUUGAAACUCGCUGCUGCAAAGGCAGUCCUCCGCCUUUCUAAGCACUGGGAUGAUAAGAUACCGAUUGAUAUCUUCCAUUUAACAAUAAAAAUUCCUGAGAUAUCAUUUCCUAUGGCCAAGAAAAUAUUCCUCGGAAAAGUUCACCAGUAUGUAAAGGAUCGGGUUUUGGAGACAAAGUAUGCCUGUUCAUUCUUAUUUGAUAUCACUGGAUCAAAUGUUCUCGAAUCAGAGGAGGAGAAACAGAACCUAGCUGAUAUCAUUCAACAUUCUUACCAAACAAAAGCACGAAAAAUCUCUGCUCAGAAUGAUGCAAAUUCAGUUUCUCUCUACCCUCACCAUAUCCUUCCUUAUCUGGUUCACGCACUUGCGCAUAAUUCUUGUCCUGACGUCGAGAAAUGCAAAGAUGUGAAGGAAUAUGAAAUGAUUUAUCGCCAAUUAUACUUGAUCAUUUCUAUGCUGCUCCAUAAAGAGGAAGACGGGAAGGUUGAAGACAUUGACAAAGAACCUGACUGUGUUCCCACCAUUAGCUCCAUCUUCCAUAGUAUAAAACAGUCAGAAGAUGUCACUGAUGUAUCAAAGUCAAAGAACUCACAUGCGAUCUGUGAGCUCGGGCUGUCAGUAAUCAGUCACCUAAAUCACAAAGAGCCUGAUCUACAAGGGGCUUUCAUGCCUGUAUCGCUGCCUCCAAUGCUGUACAAGCCUUCUGAAAAAAUGGAAGGUGACGAGUCUCAGGUCGGUGAAGAGAAAUUGUGGCUAGCUAAUGAAACUGUCUUGGCGCACUUCAGUUCUCUCAAGUUGGAGAGCCAUGCCGAAGCAUCUGGGAUACCCCAAACUUCAGAGAAUGAGGGUAUAAAUGAUGAGGAAAGUGAUGGGAAUGAAAUUCCUUUGGGUAAAAUUGUAGAGCGUUUGAAAGCUCAGGGAGCCAAGGCUAGAAAGGGCAAGAAGAACAAAUCUGUUCCAGCUGAAGAUGAGAAUGGUAAAAAUGAUGUCGAUGUUUUGAAAAUGGUUAGGGAAAUAAAUCUGGAUCACUUGCAAAUGCUGGAUAAAUUUGAAUCAAGUAAUGGACACAAACAUUCCCCUGGCGAGAGAACAGAAACAUCUCAAAGGAGUGCUGGUGAUGCAACAUCAGUAGUUUCAGUCCCUAAACGCCGGAGAUCCUCUUCUGGCCAUAGUCCUUUCAAGUUCUCAAAUAGUGGUCCUAAAGUUCCAAUGAAAGCUUCCGAAGAAGGGUUGCAUGAAGAGAGAGAUAUGGACAAAAAUGUCUCCUCGGACUCGAAUGAUGAAAAUUCUGACCGGAAAAAAAGAUUAGAAAGCAUCUCUUCUCGAAAGAGAACAAAACGGUAUUCAUCAAAUUCAAAGAAAACAGAAUCUGAUUGGGGUCUCACUGAUCUGGAAAAUCAAAGCGGUGGCAACUGCAGUGAGAGGAGUAGGUCAGCAGAAAGUGGUGAUAACAAUUUGAAGUCUGCCUCUGGAUCAAUGAAGCGCAAAAGAAAAAACAUCACAGGACUGGCUAAGUGCUCCACAACAGAAAAAAAAAUGGCUACUGAUGAACUGAUCGGUUGCAGAAUAGAAGUUUGGUGGCCUAUGGAUAAACGGUUUUAUGAAGGCACAGUAAAAUCUUAUGAUUCCACAAAACAGAAACAUGUGAUACUUUACGAGGAUGGAGAUGUCGAAGUACUUCGCCUAGAUAAAGAACGGUGGGAGCUCAUAGAAACGGGUGGAAAGCUUGCAAAGAAGUCCAGUACAUCAAAGAGAAGUUCUAAUAAGAAAGGAUCUUCUGAAAGUAAGCGUAAGAAUUCAGAUGGUUUACAGAGGGAUGAGGACCCAAUUACUACUACGCCAAAAAGGAAAAGAACUCCAAAGAAAUACCUAAAAGAUAAACAUCCGGAAAGCACACAAAAAAGUCUCUCUUCAGAACAUGAGAAAGUAGAGAGCGGAAACAAGAAAAGGCGAUCUUCUGCCUUGCUAGUUGCUAGAAAAACAAAUGAAAAGAAAAUGGAAUCAGCCACAGAGCAGAUGACAGAUGACCCGAAAUAUGGUGGGGAGGUUGGUGAAGAGAAAUCAGAGUCUGAAGGAAAAGAAAGCGAGCAUGAUGAGGAAGCUGUAAACAAGGAAGUUGAUAUGCAGGAGGCAAAAUCAGAGUCAGGUGGAGACCCUGAGGGGAAAGAAACUGAAGUUGACAAUGACAACUCAGAGUCGGAGGGGAAACAAGAAAACAACAAAAUGGAGACAGAAGCUGAAGACGAUGCUGACACUUCUGACAAUGAGACUCUUGGAGCUUGGAAAAGUAAAGUGGGCAAGUCAAACUCGAAGAAAGCAACAUAG